AUGCCACAGCAGCAGGAGCCCCGGAUCAACGCGCGGCAGCUGGAGCACGAGUAUGGCCACGUAUUGCGUGCUGUACCUUUUUCUGACAAAACGACCCCUCGGCAGAUCUUGCGCCAGUGGGAACGCACGUACCCCGACGUGUCCGUCGCGGAAGGGGUCUUCCGUACUUGGUUCGACAAGCACCGUGCCGCUGCGGAUCUCGAAACAAUCCAUGGGUAUGUAGCGCUGGAGGCCCGUGCCGGUGAGAAGCUCCGGCAGUUCCAGGGAGAGGGGCGGCACAGCAGUUUCAAGCUUGUCCGGGAACUCCGGAGCCAGGCCGGGCUCAACACGACCGAUGCCGUCAUGAGGGAGUGGAUGCGGCAUCAUGGCGGUGGCGCGCCAUCCUGGUGUUCGUCGGCGCAGGAUUUGGAGCAGCGCGUGGGUCAACGUCUGCGUGAAUACCUCGCCGAGGAGACUGCGGCGGGGGAUGCCGACAGUAUAAAGCAAUGGCUUGCUGAUCAGCAAAUCGCCUGCCCAAUCAGGAUCAUCAAGCAUUGGCUCAACGUGGACUUCUCUCCCGAAGGGGCUGUUGAGUCAGGCGAGGCAUUGGAGUUGGCUAUUGGAGACGUCUUACGUUCCAUUGGUUAUUCUCAGUUCUUCGAGUCCGAAGAAUCCAGAGGCCGUCUUGUCGAGCAUCUCAAAGGCCUCGACCCUCCCAUCAGGUGCACGCUGGACGUGCUCGCUGCGUGGUGCGGGACCUUUUAUCCGGGCCCGGGCGGCAAUGCGCUCGAAGCCGACAGCGCGCACACCUUGGAUACCUUGUUGGGCGAGGACCGAGUUCAUUACGCAUUGGAUGGUGCGAGACCACUGGUCCAGCAUCUGGCUUCUCGUUGGCAGCCGAUUCAAGCCUCGCACAAAGUCUGCCGCACGUGGCUCGAGAGUCUUCCAGACGCCCUCAAGUCGGCGGCCCGAGCCCGCAGCGCGCCGAGGACUUUGAACGCUCGCCGACUUCGUCAGAAGUCCAAGGACCCGCUGCCCCUGCUGCAGACCUUCGAGGAUGUCGAGCGCGUCCUGGGGCAGCUGAUCGUGCGCAAGUACACGUGCGACAACAUGUCGGCUUACGACAUCAGCAAAGACCUCAAGAGGGAGUUCCACGUCGCCAUGCGGCCUUACAAUUUGCAGCAGUGGCUGCGCCACCCCGCGCAGAGGUUGACGUCCCUGCAGAGCGUCCAGGAUAUCGAGAGUCACGGGUGCGCGAAUUUCGUUUUGGACCAGAUGCAGACAGGAGUGCCCGUUGAGCGCGUUGCUCACAGUGUUCGCCGGGAGUACCUCGUCAUCGCGAGCGCCCAGACGCUCCGGGCCUACCGCAGGUACAAGGAGCAGGCCGGCAACCCCCGCACCGCGCCGUGGAUCGAGCAGCGGUGGUGGCGCUGGCUCUAUGAGCAGAUUACUGAGGGUUCCUCUUUCGGGCGCCCCAAUAGGGGCGGCGUUGGCGGCCUGCGCAUGGAGGUGGGCCCCGGGCCAGAACUGUCUCUUCUGCACCAGCGGUUCUGCGACCGCGCCGAGCUUUCGAUCGGCAUGGUACCAAUGCCGGAAUUCCGCAAGUUUUUCAACAAGCACGAGCAGCUCGCGCAGUUGCGGUUCAAGUACCCGGACGCCAUCAUAUAUAAAGAGUAUUUGCAGAUCAACUCGGUUGACGCCUUCCGCAGGGCCAUUCGCCGCGUGCAGCACGGCGAGCCGCUCCCCGAGUCCGCUGGCAGACUCCUCAGAGACACCAAGGCAGACGGGGUGCACGAGAAGGUUUUGCAGUGUUGCGCGGAGGUUGCCGCCGCCGACAAGAUGCUUUGUUUCCCUGUGAACAGCGCGGUUGGGAAUACGACCGUGGCUUACGCCGCGAGUAUCUGCGAGGACUUGCAUGCGUGCCAGACGUGGGCCGGUUCCAGCGUUGGCACGCAACAUCGUGGAUUUUGCCGGCGACUGCCAGACACGGAUUUUGCCAUAUGGGCAUGCUACGGCAGUUGGCAGCACUGCCCUUGCUGCGGGUGCUUCUCUUUCAACGAUGAAGGGUUCAAGAGUCUGUACAACGGCACAUCUGCUCAGGUCCCGGCGUCAGAAGUGCUGCAUUCCCGUCGGGAGAUCCCGUCCGAUCCAGUCAAGCACUCUGGCCACGCAGAGCUCGGACCGACGUCGUACUGGUGGGUGAGCCCAACCAUGUACAAGCCCUCGGCCUCCGUGGAGCACGCGUGUGGCAAGUGCACGCCAGCGGCAGAGCACCCUCGGCCCAUCGCUCAUCCGGGAGAGAUGGCCGCUCGCAUCCUCCGAGCCAAGGCUCGAGCCAAGGCCGCCGCCAGGGCCAGGCCUGCAGCCAAGGCCAAGGCGGCGGCGGCUGCCGCUGCCAUCGGGGCCGAUAAAAUGGAACCAGUCUUGCGCACGCAGCAGUUGUAUCGAGUUCCUCGUCUACCGCCAGUGGGCCAAAACAUACCGUCGACCUGGGCCGGCGAAGUGGCAUCGUGGCCUCGGCUCGCGCCCGGAGCGAGCGAGUUCUCCAUGUCGGCCGCAGAGGGAUGCACGUUCCUGGACUUUUCACAUGACGAGAAAAAGGCUUUACGUGUCAUCGUCAUCCACGUGCAGAAGAAACAAGAGAUGUUCAGCGCCAACCCUAACAUUCCGAGCCAUUACAAGAACUGGAAGAAGACCGGCGUCAGCAAAGGCUUCUACGCACCUCACAUCGUUGACGAGCGCAGCCUUCCCACAGCUCGUUGCAAGGCGGCUUUUCGCUGGUUGGUCAAAAACAAUGGCUUUUACGAGGCCUUCUUGAACGCGUCCAACCGCACGCACACGAAUCCGGAUCAGCACG